AAUUUCAACAGUAAUCUACCAGCAGUGGGAUCGGAUGAUGAUCGGCAUCUCUUUAAAGGUCAAGCAAGGUCAAUAUGGAUGCAGCCAUUUCUGGUGCACGGAGACCGGAGUAACGGAGGAGAGAAAGAUGGUAUAAUCUAGAAUGCAAGUUGCUGCAUUUGAUCUCAUCCAUCGGACAUUCUCAAGGGAAAGCUGUUCUGAGAUCCAUAUAUGUCUGGUAUUUGUUUCGAUGUGAACAUUUAGUAGGAUUGGAAAAUUUCACUCGCAAUUAGGGAACGUUACGUCCAUGUCGCCAUUGUUGAUGUUCAACGGUAUACCAGGGUACAACAGCUAGCUGGAUUCACUGAAGCGCGCGUACAACACACGAAAGUCCAAUUACUACCGUAUACAGUGCAGUGUAGUUGAUGGAGGCGCCUCUGGACUGUAUGCAAUGAUGCGAUGUAUUGAAAACAGUCGAGAGUGAUUGAGCUCUGAGAAUUUAAAUACAGCCGAAUUGUAUUUUUUCUACAAGGCAAAAUGUCAACAAAAGUAGAGCAGUUUGCUGCAAAGAUUCGCAAUGUAAAGGAUUAUCAGAACCGAAUCCUGUAUAAUAUAGCACCCCUUCCUACUGGCAUAGAUAUAUCAAACACUCUUAAGUAUUUCAUUCAUACACUGAGAAAUAUACUCAAAGAAGGCCCAGGAGAUGUGGACAUUCUUGUAGAUGAACCCAAAUUUGGAACAGCAAGAAAGCGAGUGAAUCUUCGCAUCCCUCACUACCCAAGCCUAGACUAUCUUGGUUUGUAUGAGACUCUGGUUGGACUGGUUGAUAUCGUACCAUUGGUGCAGUAUGGACAAUUUGCUUUUGGUCAAGCAAUCUUACAAUUGUUUGGAUGUAUUCUAUGGUUCUUGGAACCUGAAACUAUUGACACCAUCCCUCAUACAGUGGCAUCUACAUUGGCAGUAUUCCAAUCAUCACUGCAGAAAGAGACAGUAGACCUUCUAUGUACUACAUUACUUCCAAUAUGUCUCACUGAAGUGAUGGGCUGGGAAGGUGAGACCUAUGCCACAAUGUCUAUGUCUGCUGUCAUCAUGCUUGUCUUACAACACUGUAAAAACAAAGCUCACCAUGCGUUGCUGGUUGAAUGCAUUAUGACAUACAAGCCUGAAGUGUUUAAGGACAUUUUGUGUACUAUUGCCUUUGGACCGUCGACAGCUAGAGGUGCAGCUGCUAAUCUUCUCUUCCAUUACUGGCCAGCAUUGGUCCCUUCUAGUAUGGAUAAUAGGGAGUUUACCUACGCAUGUUGGAAGCCAAUCCUGUGUCAAAGAUCUAACUGUUUGACACCAGUCAACAAUGCUGCUGUAAAGAUGUGUAUGGAUCCAUCCAUAUCAGGUAAACAUAGCAAGCAGCCGCCUCCCCUCUAUCUCUGCUCUGUCUGCAGUGAGUACGUCAGCAGAGAACUUACUAAGCCAAUGCAGAAUGUACUUACACCCCUGGAAAAUGUAUCCAGAACUUGUGAAAACAAGAACUGUGCUUCACAUGACAAGACUGCCCUCUAUACCUGCUUUGCAUCAGAAUGUACAGGGCAGCAUGGGAAUAAACCAGUAUGCUACUGCUUAUGUUGUCAUCAUGCUAUACAUCCUAGGGAUAGUGAACAUGUCAUACAGGAGUUCCCUCAUGAUCCAUGGUCAUGUGAUAAAGAAACACAGAUUGUACUGGUGGAAGCAAUUAUCAGUCUUUUGAAGGAAGCCCAUGUGAUAGAGAAAGAUCCUUUGAUGGCUGCUGCUGAGGUCGAUGAACCCGAGUCUGCUGAUGAAUUCUCACAGGCUCCUCGUGAGAAUGAUAUGUCUGAACUAGAAUCUACUGAGGAAGACUCUCGUUUGUUGAGUCGCUAUGGCUUGUGGCUUCUAAUAGAGAAAUGUACACCGAAUGAUAGAACACCUUGUGAGAUUGUUGGUAGAUUACUGAGUAUGCUGUUCCAAUGGUAUGGCUUUACAGCAACCCUUACACAGGAGAGUAUUGUGUUGGAAGGCUUGAAGAAAGAUUAUGUAACCAAUUGGCUACUGAAGCUACUCAACACCAAUUUCAGUGUGUUUGUAUCCUGUUUGAUGCCAACCCCAGCAGAUUAUGCUAAAGUAGGAGGUCAUUGGGACACCUUAUGCAGUCGGAUUACAGAACUCCAUGAUGGACUGAAGAACGUCUUUGCUCUUACACCGUACAACACAAUCACCUUUGAGGUAUGGGAUCACAUCAUGCCAGCUUGGAUGGAAUCUAUCUCUCAAGAGAUCACAGAAGAAGACCUGCCACAGCUUCAGGAUAUCCUCUGCAAGCUCUUUGACAUUGACAUGUGUCCCUUGCCAUUCUCAUCUGAUAAGAUGUUUCAUUUCAUUGCCAUCAAGUUCAAGUCUUCACAGGCCAAGGAACAGGAGAAAGCAUUGCUUUGGCUUCAGGUACUCUCUGAGAUGGACAUUGUCAUUCCCAUCAAGCUUCUGCUAUCAAUCUUCAAUGAAGGCCUAGCCUCUAUCAUGGACAUCCAACGUGCUAAGGUAGCCAUGUUUACCAACAAACAAUCCCUCUCACCAGACAGUGCUGCUACCGUGGUAGUAGGACCAAACUUAGGAUCAUCCAAGGAUAGUAGUAAGGUCAAGGAGAAAGAGGAAAGUGGAAGACCAACACAAGUCAUCAAGUUCUUCUCAGAUACCUUGAUGCCAUCGUCUCCUAUUACUAUGAACAAAGGAAAUGGAGUCAUGAAGAUUACAGAACCAUUCAAGCCACCUGAUGCUCUGAAACCUACAGAGAUACCCAAACCCAAUGAGACUCCCAAGAAAGUUGAGCCAUUGAAGCCCAGUGUCCUUAGCACCCCAAAGACCCUACCCCUAGAGCUGCCCACCAAUGGGGGAGGGGGUACUCUACCAGCAGAACCUCCACACGUGACAAUUGAUCCUUCUCCUUUGAGUCCUGAUCAAGAUGAGAAGGCUAAGAUGGAACAGACAGAGGAAGAGGUGCUACGAUGUUUCGUGCUGAUGCUGGAUCUGCUGAUUAUGCAGAGUGAUCUCCAGUACCUACCAUUCCAUCAAGGUCUAGAACAUAGCCAAUCAAAAGACUUUGUAGCUCUGUUAACCACCAUGCUACAAACACCAUGGGUAACAGAGAAUAUGUUUGAAACCAAUUCAGCUGAAGGAAAGGAGAAGAAAGAGGAGAAACAGAAAGCUGCAGAAGCCAAACAUGAAUCAGAUUGCGCCAAUGCUGGGAAGUACAGAAAGAAGUCUAUUGGUCAUAAGUGUACCGCUAAUUAUGAAGCAAUGGGAACCAAUGGUGUUAAGAUGAUGUCAUGUAGUCUAUGUGAGCUCUGGGCACUGUGGUUUCAACUAUCUCUCAAACUCCUUGAACGAAUCGCUCCUGGUGGUGAGACUAAGGUCUGUGACAUGCCUGAUGUGUCGGAGUAUCAGUUUGAGAAGAGUCUGGAGGAAGCCCUUACAAUCUGUAAAACAAAUGAUGUCAAGAGCAAGAAGAACAAGAGUAUAAUGGAUAGAGGGAUGAGCAAACAUAAGAGGAUAACCAAGGGGCUCACUGUCCCUGAGAACAAGACUGAUUCAACAGCCCAGGGUCUAUUAGCUGCUACUGAGGUUAGACAUGAAGUAUUGAAAGCUGAAACAGUUCAAGCCUUCUCAGCUGUAUCUAAUCUUAAAGCAGAGAAAGAGAGAGCAGCUAAGAAACCAGGAGGACUCAAACCACAAAAAGGAGACAAAGGAAAACCUGGUAAGAAAGAUCAAGACAAGUCCACAUGGCAUACAGGACAUGGUGAUUUUACCAUCAAACUAGAAGAGCUUCCAAGAUCACUUCAACUUCUCUUCAUGUUACUCCAGGAGGUAUCCAAGCAUCCAGACCCCAAUGUUCUGCUGAAUCUUUUGAACUGUGUCAAAGUGUUGUGUUUGAAUGCGGAAUGCCUUAGACAAGCUGCUAAGGAUCAAGUAGGAUUCCUGGUCUAUGCACAGGAGAAUUUACUCAUUCCAAGUUUCUGGAACCUGUUGGAAGGAGAGUUAUCUCAUGUUGUUGAGCUCUUAGUGCCUCUGAUCCUCCAUUGUUUUGCCCUUCCUUGUGGAGCUGAUGUGAUGUGGAGAUUGGUUGAUAAUGAGGUGGAAAGUGAAAGCUGGCAGACUAGAUUCAGAGCAGCUGAGAGAGUGACAGUGAUGCUGAGAUGUGUAGAGAAGAAAUCUCUUGGAAACAACACUGUUAUUAUGGGAUCUCUUGCACAUGCCUUCAGUUCAUUGGUGGUUGCUACAGAAGAUAUCUGUCCUGCUGUAUCAGCUAGGGCUAUACUGAUGAUUGAGAGUAUUCCAAUGAAAGUCAUCAAGGUAUUGGUAGGUUGUCUUGAGUUUCAAUGGGACUCAGUCCUUGAGGAUCGUGUCUUGAUUCUAUCCAAGCUACGUCUUCUACAUCAUUACAUGCCAGUAGCUCCUGUACUCUCUUGGGAAUUCUUUAUGAAUCGUCUCGAUACUCUAGCUCUUGAAGCACAGGUGGACAUGGAACAAAACAAGGAGUUUCCAUUCCCUAUGGACACGAGUCGUUCCAGUGCUGGCCUUGGUGACCGAACAGACAUCUUCAUGAACAAGCUGAACCGAGCUCGAUUAGCUCGCUCCCAGUCUGAGCUUUCAGGAACCCUGAAGCCUCGACGUCUGUCUGCGGCCUUCAGUAAACAGGAUAGCAAGGCUAGGAGCAAGUCUAUGCCCACCGGUAUCGGCUUUGCCCGCUUCAAUUUCCCACCGUCUGAUCGAUCAACAUACAGUAGGCCAGCUAACUGCAGAGGAGAUAAUUUUCUGAUUGGAGAUGGGUUGCUGGUUAAUAGCUUAUUCCAUGAUGGUCACCUGAAAGGAAUAAAAGAAGAGCUGAAAGAAGAGAUACCAACCUUCAAUAUUGAUCUGACUAAUGCUGAUAAACAGACUGUACAUAAGCUCAUUACACUCCUCAUGAUAUUCAUGACAGGACCAACCAGUAUGGAUGACGAUCAAGUUUCAGGAAGAGCUAUGAAUACUGUAUUACGUCACCUGACAGUGUUGCUAGGUUACAACCAAGUGAGUAAGACCUUCAACCUUCCACCCCAUCAACUGAGAGAAUCAGCAGUCUUCUAUGCAUUCAUGGCAGGAUUACCAAAGAUGUUGGAUCACAAUGUAAAGGUUGGAAACAUGGUGUUACCUAUGGUAUUGAGUCUCCUACAGUACUGCCCUUCACCACAGAAAUCAUCUCAGGACUCACACCCUCCAGACUACACUCUAUGGUUCCUAGAACCUCACUGCAGACACUCCUGGUUCAUGUCUCUACUCAUUGUACUCUAUAAGUAUUCCAUAGACCAAGCUGAAUUGAAGACCACACUGAAGGCUUUAGUGCGUAUCACUAUGAAUGUAUUAGAAUCACAACGUCAUAUCUGUAAACCAAAGAGACCAGAGCCACCGCAACCAGAGGAUAUCUGGGGUGCUACCAUGCCCAACAAAAACAAAUCAGAGUCAAGCCUUCCUCGUGAGGAUGAUAUCAGUGAGGAACUUGGUUCCAUCUCAUCAGUUGGUCCCAACACCCCUCUCCUUACCUCCACCACUACCACCACCACUGCUAUCAAGACCACUGAACCAAGCAGCCCACCAGGUGACACGCCCUCCUCUCCUACCCCUAGGGUGGAGUUUAUUACCCCUGGUCAAGUUAUUACUACUAUUAGUAGUGGAGGUGGAGGUGGUAGAGGAACAGGUGGUGGGGUGGCUGUUCCUAAGGAGGAUCCACGUGUACCCCAGCAUCAGGAACUGGAGCUAGAGCCUGAGAUGCUCUUUGUGUCAGAAGAUGAGGUUAUUAAUCUACCUGUCAACUCUUCAAGCAGGAACUUUGUUGCAUCUACUAUUCUUGAGGUUGAAGAAGAAGAAGAGCCUGAACCAGAGCUUGAGGUAGUUGAAGACUUUGAAAUGAUUCAACCUCUUCAGACCUUAGAUUCAGUGGUUGAACCUAUCAAAGCUACUGCUACAUUCGUAGCUGAGGAACCAAUGAAAGCUACUCCUACCUUUGUAGCAGAGCAACCUGAGACUGUUACACAUACAGCAGCUCAGUUUGUGACUGAAUUAGAGACAGCUACUGUGCAGAGCCUGACUGUUGAACCUCAGGUCAUCCAAGCUGCUACUGUCCAGACAGCUACCGUAGCAGAGACCAAACCUAAGACAAUCCAACCUAAGUUCCGUACCAAGAAACGUCGUAAGAUGGGCGUGGCCACCAUCAUGUCAUCAUCCAAUCAGAGCAGUGGAGAGAACUCACCAGCAGUAGGAGGGGGUGGGGAUGGGGUACAAUUUGAUCUUCCAGUAGAUUCCCCUGGUGGAAGAGGAAAAGGAGGAGAUAAGAAUAAGAAAAGAUCUCAGAAACUUAAAGAACAAGCCCAGAAGUCACCAGAGAAGCGAAGCAGUGUCUACUCAGCUGUCAGACGAUAUCAUGAAGAUAAAAACUUUAUGGCUCUUACCAAGUGUACUGAUUGUGGUGCUUUACUGGAGGAGUAUGAUGAUGAUACAAUCUCAUUGGCUAUAGUAGUCCUAUCAACAUUUGUACACCGUGAUCCUGAAUUAGCUGCACCUCUCCUACUUGAGAUGCUACAAGUUGUAGGCCGAGUUGCCUCAGCUACUUUCUAUCCUUGGCAGAGUGAAAGUAUUGGUUGCCCACCUGGACACUGUUGUACUGUGGCUAAACAGUUCUUACGUUGUACCCUUCAUCAACUAGCACCUAACGGGGUAUUCCCUCAACUCUUCCUCAGCAAGAUAGAAGAUCAAACCUUCUUACCUACGAUGGCGUCAUCUCUUCAAGAUUUCAAUGAACUCAACCCAACAGAUGCUAUCAUUCAUCUGCUUGAGGGACUGAAUGAUAGACGUAACCUACCACCGCUACGUACCAUGUUAGUAUUAAUGAACAUGGCAAACUACAUGGAUUCAUUACCCAUUGAAGGUUCUACAGCUUGGGGUAAUCUGGUACCCCUCUUUGAUACCUUCUUCAGGAAACUACUUACAUCAAUGCCAGAAAAUUGUGAUGUUAAUGAUCUGUUCCGAAUCUUUGAGGUCCUUCUGCGUAGUCCAGCCACAAAGAGUCUACCCACCUUGUUGGACCCUAUGGGCAAACUGAUUAGCUUUGCCAUAGUGAGAGCUCGGUUUAAGCUCACUCAUCUAUUAGAGAUCUGUACCCUCUGUAAUCGGAUCUUUGCAAAGGAGAGGGAGAAGCAGUCAUUUGCACGGGUAGUGACUCUAGAACUGGUCCAGGCUCUGAAGUUUAAGACCAAUCUCCCUGAUAUCAACCUGAUUCAAUUAGUUCAAUUUGUUGUGAUGGAUGCAGGAGGGAAGAUGAGUGACUUUGGUCAUAUGGAGGCUGAUAUAGAGGUGGAGAUGGCUAUGAACUCAACUGGAGCCACAGACUGCAUGAGACAAUACAUCAGUGAUGCUACCGAAUACAUAGGAGAUCUUCAUACACUCACUAAAGUAAAGAAUAAUCUUCGAGGAGGAUCACAGAAUUUGAAUGAGGAUACAUUGGGUAGUCAACUGAAAGCUGGAGUAGCUCAGAUAGUUGCUUUAGAGUUCACCAAAGCUAACGGUCGGGAAGGACCAAAGGCUAUACAAAGAUAUCUACCAUGGCUCUAUCAUCCACCAUCCGCUGUUCAACAAGGACCCAAGGAAUUCAUAGACUGCAUUGCCCAUGUCCGUCUGUUGUCUUGGUUAUUACUUGGUUCUUUGACCCAUGCAGCCCUCUGCCCACCAUCCUUCACUAACAGUGGUUUGAUCAGUCAGCCUAUACCAUUAGAUGCUGGUAACCAUAUUGCUGAUCAUAUACAGGUUAUAUUAGCAGGGUUUGCUGAGCAGUCUAAGGCUUCAGUUCUUCAUAUGUCAUCUUUAUUCCAUGCAUUCAUCCUAUGUCAGCUUUGGACAAUGUAUUGUGAGCAGAUGGCAUGUAUGAAUACUCCAAACUCAGAUGCUCAUACAUCAGCUACAUUCAGUAUCAUGGAUUUCUGGAGUAGAGUAACUCCUGGUGUACUACAGCUUCUAUCACACUCUAAAGUGUUGGCUGAUAUGGUAAACCUUCACUUCUUAAGCUUGAUGGAAGCUCUCCAAGAAUGCAACUCUUCUGUUUUAGCCAAGCUUUUCCCUAUGUGGGCUCCAAUCUUGUUUAGCUAUCCUUCCAAGCUCCCUGGAAGCCUACAGGUGAGACUGCAGAAUUGUGAGAACUUUCCACCUCCAAGUCUGAUGAAAGGGGAGGUAACAUCGUACCAUUCUACCACACUACUCAAAUGGCUCAAGAGAUUGCAAUUCAAAAUGGGACAGAUUGAGAUCCAAUCUUCUGCAGCCACUCAAUUUUAUACAGUAUAGGCAGCUUGUCAGAGAAAUGUUACCAAUUUUGGGGGCAGAGAUUAAAGAAAUUUACGGCCCAAAUAAGACAGAUUGUGAUCUGAUCUUCAGCUGCUGCUCAGUUCUACACUGUUUAGGUAUCUAGAUUGAGAAGAUAUUAAAGUCGGUUCAAAAUAUGCUUACUGAUAUUUUGUAUAUAGCACAUUUUAUUUGCAGAUUAGAUGAUUUAUAUGCCAUUUUCAACAUGUCAGUGACUUUUACUUGGGCGUAAUACAAAUGGAACAUAUGAAUUUAUAUGUCUAAUGAUGAUCGCACUGU